CAUGCUGAUGACGACACCGUCGACGAUCCACAACAACAAAACAACAACAGAACUCAGCUGUUUGCUAGCUAACUAGCCGGCCUGGUUGCUCAGCGCUGUUCUCGGCAGUUUCCCGUCACUCUGGUUUAGCCGCAGAGGUUUUAGAGCUGCUAAUACGUCUGGCUAUGAAAUGGUUUCUAGAAAACCCUCAGUUAUGUUCUGCAGUUGGGUUUAAUUUUAACUUCCUUUGUCUCCUUUUUGCUGGCUUCUAGCUGAUUAGCUUUACGACUGAGGACGGAAAGGAGGCUGUCUGCUCGCCAUAAAGGCACUGAUGCAACAAUGUUUAUGGCAAAGUCUGACUCCAAAAGCAGCUGGUGGAGAUUCUGACCCCCACCAAUGACCACGAAUAUUAUUUCUUCACCGUUCAUCAUGUCCCCACGAAAAAGAACCCUCGUCCCGGUAAGCAGCCGGCGGAAAGCAGCGGACGACUACUUCCCCUUCAACUUGCUGCCGGUGGAGUGCCAGCUGCACGUCCUGUCCUUUCUGAACGAGGUGGAUAAGUGUAGCUGCGCCCUGGUUUGCGCGAGCUGGAGCUGCCUCGUCCGCUCGUGGAAGCUGUGGCGGGUGGCCGACUACUCCCGUCGCGUUGGUUUCCACCUCGGUCAGGAGGGGUUGCUCGUUUCCAACCGGGAGUUCGAGAGGUGGAAAUCCUGGGUCCAGCACUACACCUACCACCUCAUCUCCCGCCGGGCCAGCCUGCUCACGCUGAGGGCCAGCUUCGACCUGGGUGAUCGCUGCAAUAAGUGGGGCGAGCUGCUGAGCCACCUACUGGACAAUGUCCACUGCAGAGACCUCAGCCACCUCGACCUUAACUGGACUUUUACUCUUCUAGAGCCGCUCGACCUCAGGGUCCACUCCAGCCCCAGUUCACACCAGGAUAACAUUACCAAAAUAGACAAGGUGACCCGCUUUCAGGAGCUGCUGAGCAAGCUGACCCAGAACUGCCCACGCAUCUCCAAGAUGCGCCUACAUUUUGACUGGUCGGAUUUGUCCGUGUCGUUGCUCACGCAGUUCCAGCAGCUCCGAGUCCUCGAGCUCAAAUACUUCUGGGUCUUCAAAUGCGUGACUCCCUCAACGCUGCAGAUGCUCAUCAAAUCCCUGCCUAACCUCAAGUCUCUGACAUUAAACAUCUUGGUGCCGCUGAGGAACCUCGGCAUCUCCUACACCCUGGAGUCUCAGUCUCUGGAGUUUUUGGACGUGUCUCCGAGCCGAGGCUUGGUCUUCUCCUGCCUUAAGCUGCCAGCCCUGCGUGAACUUCGAGCCAAGAAGAUUGUCCUGCGUGUCACGCUUGAUCGCAGGACCAGGACGCGCAUCCAGAGCCGCUGGCCCUGCCUGUACCACGUCCUCCGGGAGGGGACGCCGAAGCUUCAGGCUCUAAACAACGAGAGGCUCCUCCCUACAUGGAGAGAGAAAAGUUACGGAGAGCUGACUGCUAUCCUGGAACAGUCCUGCUACUGUGUUCAGCAUCUAGACAGCUGGCUGUGGUAGUCAAACGCAUGACAUUAAAUGAAGUUCUUACACUUAUCAUUUUAUGGUGAAAUCUAUAAAGGAGCUAAAUAUUG